UAUGUAUGCGGAAGAGAAGGCGGUAGUGAGUUCCAUGUGGACAUUAUGGAGCGUUGCCUUUCUACACAGAGUUGCCAACUAUUUGAACUGAGUUUAGGAAACCCUCUUUUGUUUGGCCUUUCACUGAAUAUUGGCAAUGUGAAGGAAGAAUUCCCUGAAGAUGUGAUCAGAAAAUCCACAGAGGAACCUGAAAAUAAUAGAGAUGUCAGUAUCUUGGAGGUUUCAGACUGCAUGCGCUGCUCCUCUUGCCAGUGCAUAUUUGACAGCAGAGAAGAUCAGAAGGAGCAUUACACUUUAGACUGGCAUCGGUUUAACUUAAAGCGCAGGAUUAAAGGAGCUUCUUUACUAAGUGCAGAAGAUUUUCAGGACAAAACAAAUUCAGGAGAUCUUUCUAGCAUAUCUGGCUCUGAUUCAGAGAGCUCUGAUGAUGGAGAAUUAGACUCUUCUAAUUUGUCUAGUGCUGACUUGGCUUCCAUACCUAUUUCUGAUCAGUCGAUUCGCUCACAACGAGUACUUUUCAGAAACAACCAGGGGUAUCUGCUAUCUGUGUAUCGCUGUGUGUUAGCAGAAUCUAAGAACACAGAUAUAAAACCAGAGCACCUUUUAAAAUGCAUAAAUACCAUGCAGGAGCAGCCAAUCACAAUCAUUCUUAUGGCUGGUGGGGGGCAUUUUGCUGGAGCUGUCUUCAGAGGGAAAGAGGUGCUGAUGCAUAAGACCUUCCAUAGAUACACUGUUCGAGCUAAAAGAGGAACUUCACAGUCAGUACAUGAUGCUCAAAACCGUAGUCAUAUGCCAAAGUCAGCUGGGGCUGCUUUAAGACGAUAUAACCAAGCUGCACUGAUCAUGGACAUCAAUCAGUUAUUGCAAAGUUGGGCAGAGCAUAUAAAUGAGGCGUGGGGGAUUUUCCUGAGGGCUCCUCGUUCUGAUCGGACUCUCUUUCUUGGGCGCAACUCCCCUAUUUCAAAGAAUGAUUCUAGGGUCCAUGGAAUCCCCUUUAUUACUCGAAGAGCAACAUUUAGAGAGGUGCAACGUGUGCAUACAAAACUCUUCACACUACAGGUGUAUGAAAAAGAUGUGCCACUAUCACAAGUUAUAGGAGGUCGAAUGAGACCAGCCAAACCAAAAAGAACUGUUAAAAAAGAACCCUGUGAUGAAAUAGAAGACAGUACUAAUUUUUCUGAAGAGGAGAAUGAGGAUUCUGUACCAGAAGAAUUAACAACUGAAGAGUUGACACUAUCUACACUCGACCUAAGAGAGUAUGAGAUGCAGCCCAAAAGGAAACGAACAAAGAAAAAGAAAAAAAGUAAAAACGUAUUGGGAUCAGAAUCUGCUCCUGAUCAGGCCACAUUAGAAGUGCAAACUAGUUGUAAAGUUAUUUCUGACCAACAUGUAAAUGAGGAAUUGGAACUAGAAACUUCUGAACAUCCUUCAGUGUCCUCGGGGGAAGGUGAUGAACUUUCCAGGAUUCGGAAUAUCUUGUUCACUUGUUGCAAGACAGGGGAUUCAGAAACUGCUAAGCAAAUCCUGUGGAAUAUUUUCCCCAACUCUGUUCCACAUCCCUAUUUAGCAGAAUCUUGUGCUGCAGUCCAACCGCUCAGACUUGUGAAUGAACGUCUCCCUAUAGAUCAGCGCACCCUUCUACAUGUGACGGCAUCUGCGGGACAUGGGGAGGUGGCCUGUUUACUAAUGGAUGCUGGCUGGGAUCCUGCACUUAGGGACUCGGCCGCAAACACUCCUUACUCUCUGUGUCCAGAUAAAGUUACUAGGAACUGGUUUCGCAAUUAUCGUGAAGAACAUCCUGAGAGAUAUAACUACAGUAAAUCCCAGAUCCCUGAGCCUGUGUCUGUGGAGGCAGAGAAUCGAAGGGCUGAAAAGAAGCGGGCCCAGAAAGCGCAGAGGAAACAAAGGGAAAAAGAGGAAAAAGAACAGCGCUUACAAAAAGAAAAAGAAGAAGCUGAAAAGAAAAGGUUUGCAGCUCUGAGUGACCGUGAGAAGAGAGCUGUUGCUGCAGAGCGCAGACUAGCUGCUCAGCGGGACCACAUCAUAGAGAUGGAAGGCAAUGUCAGGAUCACCGUAGGACCAAUGCUGCAAAAUCUUAAUAACAAAUGGAGCUAUGUGUGGAAUCUAACCUUAAGUAGAGGUGUAUACACUUGGUUUGGACAAAGGUUUGUUAGCAGUUCCAUAACAUCCAUGUGUAGAAGAUUUACUUAUUGGACAAUAUAACAAAUUGUUGCUCAUUUCCUCGUUCUAUAUCAUCUGAUAAAAGAGCCAGCUCUGCAGACACCUUGAGGAUCCACAAUUUUAAAAAUGAGUGCUGUGUAUUUUUAAUCUCUUAUGUUUCACAACCUAAAAUUAGUUUGAAGCAAUACUAAGCAAUUAUAACCUUGUACAUUAAUAGUGUGUGGUCAUUAAAGCACUGUUUUCAUUA